AUGAUUAACAACGUAUCAGUUGCCAUAACCCUUGUUGGUUUAUUAGCACUUUUUAAAAGUGGUUAUACUGUAUACUCACAUUUGAGUUCAUUCAAACUUCAAGAUGAUAACAUUGAUAACUUUUCUAUACCGCACAUGUUAAUUGCGCAAAUUAUAUUCUGUACUUUAAUAACCUUUUUUGGAGGAAGCAAAUUAUUUUUAAAUUUAAAAAACAUUAAAGGCGAUUCGAUGGAAAAUUUUAACAACACCGACUGGGAUAAGUGUCAUACCAGAAGAAAUUUUGGAUCUUGCUUUAACAGGAAGCAAUACAUUAAAAACUUCAUAAAAGAUUUUGUAGGAAGUCCAAUAUAA